GCGAACAUAAAAAAAAAUAAUAAUAAAAAAAACAAAAAAAAAAACCCAAACAUCUGCAGCAAAAUAUUCAGCGCUGAUUCUCGUGUCCAUCGUGCAACCUGACGCAUGCGGAACGAACGAGUCCUGAUGUUGCCGUCGAGCAUUAAUUAGUGAUUGGGUCGCCCCCCCUAUAUAAAGGAGACGCACCCACUGCUCUGCUCUGUCUCCAGUCAAGCCAAGAUGAGCUACGGAUCUGAAGUCUUCUCCUCCUCCUCCUACAGGAAGAUUUUCGGGGACUCUCCCCGUUAUGCGUCCUCUCCCUCGCGGUCUGCCGGGAGCGUGACCUCCCGGGGAGGGUACCGGUCCUCCUCUCUGUCCCGGAGCCACGUCUCAUCCGUGCCCUCGUACAGCAGAAAGUCCGGCCGCUCCUUCUCCUCCAUGCCGCUGGAGACCUUCGACCUGACACAGAGCAGCGUCCUCAACAAUGAGUUCAAAAUCGUCCGCACCAACGAGAAGGAGCAAAUGCAGGGUCUCAAUGACCGCUUUGCGAUGUUCAUCGAGAAAGUGCGCAACUUGGAGCAGCACAACAAAGUGCUGGAGACGGAGUUGACGGCGCUGCGUCAGCGGCACAACGAGCCGUCCCGCCUGGCCGAGCUUUACCAGCAAGAGAUCCGCGAGCUGCGCUCCCAGCUCGAGGAGGUGAACGGAGAGAAGUCCCAGCUCUUUCUGGAGAGGGAUAGCAUUGAAGACGAGCUGCAGAAGCUCCGGGGCAAAUACGAAGAGGAGUUCCGUGCCCGGGAGGAGGCGGAGGUCACCCUCAAGGUGUUCAAGAAGGAUGUGGAUGAUGCCACCAUGGUGCGCCUGGACCUGGAGAAGAAGGUGGAAUCUCUGCUGGACGAGAUCAGCUUCCUCAGGAAGGUGCACGAGGAGGAGGUGGCCGAGCUGAUGGACAUGAUCCAGGCUUCCCAGGUGUCCGUGGAGAUGGAGGUGUCCAAGCCGGACCUCACCUCCGCCCUCAAGGAGAUUCGAAGCCAGUACGAGUCCAUGGCGUCCAAGAACCUGCAGUCGGCCGAGGAGUGGUACAAGACCAAGUUCGCCGACUUGUCCGAGCAGGCCACCCGGAGCAACGAGGCCAUCCGCGCCAGCAGGGAGGAGAUGAAUGAGUUCAGGAGGCAGCUGCAGUCCAAGACCAUCGAGAUCGAGAGUCUGAGGGGAACCAACGAGUCUCUGGAAAAGCAGCUGCGGGAGAUGGAGGACAGGCACCAUGUGGAGAUCGGAAACUACCAGGACAGCAUGGUGGAGCUGGAGAAUGAGCUGAGGACCACUAAGAGCGAGAUGGCUCGUCACCUGAGGGAGUACCAGGAUCUGCUGAACGUCAAGAUGGCACUGGAUAUUGAAAUCGCGGCUUACAGGAAACUCCUUGAAGGCGAGGAGACCCGCAUUGGGACAGGGAUCACCUAUCCUGGCCCCACCAUGGGCGUAGGUGCCGGGCAAGGCUACAACUACCAGUCCCGCAUGUACACCAGCUCCAGCAGGGGCUCCAAGAAGGAGGGCAAGGACGAGGACCAGCAGCAGCAGCAGCAGCAGCAGCAGAGCAAGUCCGGUGCCAAGGUGACCCAGCGUGAAGUUUACGAGGAGACGGUGGUCACCACCAAGAAGAUGGAGAAGCAGCAAGACGGAGGCGAUAUUCCCACCAAUCAGAAAAACUAAGAGCCCACUGUAAGCUGGGUUCUGACCCCUGAAGCUUCCCUCUUACCCUUCAAACCCAAUCCUUUCUUCAUUUCCCAUCCUAAAACAAACCCUGAGCCUUUACACUUAAACACUUGUUCUGAAAAGAUAGGUCUGCUUUUGCCUUCUUAUCUUUAACGGGGUAAUAUGUAAGAACUGUAGUCUAUAAGAUUCAAAAAUUGAGAAAAUUGGGAAAUAACACUGCAGACGUUGUGUCAAACACAACUUUGUACUGUGUCGCAGAGACAUUUAUUGAAGUUGGUGACAGUCACAGAUAGUAAACAAAACCAUCACUCCCCCGUUCCUCUGAGCUUCCAAUCUGGGCAUGGGCUGCUCCACGCUCAGCCCCUUAAAAGGGGCAAUAUGAAAGAGUUUUUGUUUCAAACAUCCCAAAAUGAGCUACAAUUAUAAUUAUAGUUAACAACAUCAAAACUCCCCCUGUGCUCUGAGCUGCCAGUCCAGCCAGGGUCAAUUAAUUUGACCGCUAACUGCUCUGGUUAACUGAGCUAAGUGCUAGCCAGCUGCGGUUAGUAGCUACUUUGGAGAUAUACUGCCCCCUAUUUGUGGCCUAAUCGGGCAUAUUGCAACUUUUAAGUAAGGUAAGAAUGCCGUGGCUUCAGUCUCUGUGUUGGCUGCCCCUAAGCGUUCAGAGUGCAGGGUCUGGCUGUUUGUUUUACGUGGGUUCAAUCUUCCUCGUCCCCCUUUGUCCCCCACAUGUGUCCCCCAAGGGAAAUCCAUUAUAACUCUCCUGUUACCAUCACUCUAUACAAACCACGGAACAUCUGUUCUCUCUCUUUCACCCAGUCAGCAUCAGACAACACUUAGGUAGCAUCUCUAACAGAAGUUCCACUGGUCGUUCACACACGGGCCUAAUGUUGCAUCAAUAUGUGAUACAGGAACACCACAGUAGAUAAUAAUAUCUCUGGUCAUUCACCACUAACACAAGCUGUGAGAUACUCUGAACACAUUCCAAUGGAAGCCGUGUGUGUGUGUGUGUGUAUGAAGUGUUACAUUUAACGAUCUGAGGACUCAAACACAUCAGCUGGUGUCGGUUACUCUUUCUGCAUCCACUUAUGCGAUACAAAUAAAAUUAUUCUUGAUCUAAUAAGGACAGUUUAAUAAAGAAGCACACAGUCUACAGUUACAAGAAAACAGCCAAAAAUAAGUACCAAUAUGUGAUAGUGUCUUGCUGAGCCAUUAUUUUAAGCCUCUUUACUAAAAAUGGAGUUCGUAAGCAAAACGUCUGCUUAAAUCUCCUCUCGCACAAUCGUUUUGAUCACAGCCGAUGGUGCUUCAGUGCCCCAGUCAGCUCUGCAUGACAGCAGUAUGGAGGAGGAUGAACGUCCUCGGUCCUCCUUUUUUAACUCCCUGGCGAAGUUUCACUCUUAAAAGUGGAUUGUUGUAGCUAUAAGAAUGAGAAGCCAACAAGAAAACAAAUGUAUUAAUCGAGGAUAAUUUGCAUGGUGUAUGUAGAUGUCAUGCAUGGAAUCCAUCAACCCAUCAUUUGGCACCGUUUCAUCCUUUGGAGUUAAAACGCCAUGCUGAGCAUCAUCACGCACAGUGCUCGCUGAUAAAUGUAAUAGACAUGUGCUUGUUAGCCUGUAGGCUAGAUCUGGAGACUACUUGUUAUAGCUCUUUCUGUAGGAUGUGACUUAGGUAGGCUUCUCUGCUGCUGAUGCUAUGAGGAUGAGAUGGAAAGAUCCUCUUUAAGGCGCUUAUAUAGGAUUGUCAAAGCUACCUAAUUUGGUAAUAAUGAGCAGUUUUCACAAUGUGCUAGGAAAGAUGCAGGCAAAAGGGAAGCAAAAAUGCUUGAAAGGAGGCAAAACGAUGAGGAAGGGUGGGGGGGGGGGGGGGAUUCCUCUCCUGAAUUGUAAAUUACGCUUUAGCAGAAAAGACUCUGUAUGGUCCAUCCAUGUAACGCCAUUCCCCAUGUGCCAUCGACGAUGCUUUCGAGCCCCAGAAUCCGCACCAUGAUACUCAGCCAGAAGAAAAUAAAAUGCCAUCAACAUUCAUCACAGAUUCAGUCAGAAGCUGCCAGACCAUCAUGUGUUUGAAACUACUUGACCUUUGUCUUUAUAACUGUGGCCAUGACUGGAUAAAAUGGCUGUUGUAGUACAACCUCACCACUAGCAAUCCUUCUGUAUGAGCGUGUUUUUCUGCUUGUGCACUGCCAACUUUGACACAGCUAUCUUGUUCUGCUGCUGCUGCUGCUCAUGGCGUUUGCACGCCCUGACAAACUGCACUCACAGAGAAAACAAAAAAAAAACAAACUAUUGAUUGUACGGGCAGACUGUUCUGGAUUGGGUUCCGGUUGUUUAGCUUGAGGCUCGUGAUAAGUAUCUCAGUACUGUAGUGAGUGUGUUUAUAUCUCUACACAGUGGCCUAUCAUAUCUGGAAUUAUUUGAGGGGCAGCGAAAUCUGGAAUGUCAGGCAAUUUGUUUUAUGGAUAAAUGGAUUCAAGUGUGAAGCGGGCAGGGAAGAACCUCAGAUGUACGAUAAAUAUAAGCAGCAUUUAUAGUAUACAGCUAUAACAAUGGAUGAAUGGUUCGUGGGUGCAAAUGUCAAGCCUUUAUCUUUACACUGUAAACCAAAAGAGUUUUCAUUGGUGUCUGAGGACAAAAUGUCACUACUUCAACUUCUACAGCACUGCCAAACUUUUUUGAACGCCACUUCAUGAAAAAGAGCAUCAAGUAUUUUCUGCAAAUACAGUACGUCACCAAUCCAAAAAAAAAAAAGAAAACCAAACAACAACAAUCAAGAUUUAGCCAUAGGACAAAUACUGUAGGAUGUGAAAUGCCUUAAAACACCAGCAGCUUUUAUUCUGGCCAUGUGUGUGAUGUGUAUGAUUCUGUUCAGUGGGGUGUUUAAUCAUUAUUCUCUCUUUGUUAGUGUUUAUUAGAGCUACCAUGACUACAGAAGCAUAGGGAUUGAAUGUAGUUGACAUGCUAUUCUCUUUACUCUUGUUACUACUCAUGUAUUGCUGUAUGACACCAUAUCAAUAAAGACUUGACAUUACAGAGGCACAUGA